AUGCGAACCACUCCUGCUCUGGCUCUCGUAGCCGCGUUCCUGGUCUCGUCGGCUGUUGGUGGUCUCAUCUCGCCCGAAGCUGGUCGUGGACCUGGAUAUAACAAGUUGCAUCGAAGGACUUGCCAUGCAGGUGCUCACCACCACAAGCGACAGGGAGGCGACAAAGCUAGCACCCUAGCCGCCCCUGCUGCACCCGCUGCACCUGCUGCUCAGGACUGGGCUGCCCCGGGAGGUGCAGGAGAUGCUGGAAACGUUCAGCCCUCGACGGCGCCUGGCGAUGCUGGAGCUUCGGGAGAUGCUCAGCCUUCCAAGAUGCACAAGAAAACGUCCAAGGGCAAGUGUGCUCUGAAGCACAAAGCUCAAGACUCAAACACGCCUGCUGGACAGGAUAGCGAUCUGCCUCCUGUCACUGAUGCUGCUGGAAACGGUCAGGGCGCCGGACAAGGCACUCCUUCCUCUCCUGCCUCUCCUGAUGGAAGUGCAGCCUCAUCCAAAGGUGACGCGGGCUCUUCGGCUGGUCAGCAGCCUGGCUCUAACCCCGUGGGUCCUCCUGGUUUCGGGGACGAGGGAGCCGACAACCAAGAUGCCCCAGAUGGGUACAGUGUUGCUUCUCAGGCCGGCGACAGCAAGCCCCCGACUGACGGAUCGGCGGGCGCUCAAGGCGACUCUGAAGCCAAGAAGCCCGACGACAGCCAAGGCAGUAGCGCUGAUGGUUCGUCUGACGGCGACACGGUUGGCAGCGUAGGCUCGCAAACUUCCGAGGGUGCUCAGGGAGACGGAGUGCACUGCAAAGGUAUUCGGGGCAGUACUACUUUGCCUUCCCAAGGUUCGAUCAACCCGGGCUGGUUUAGCCCCGAGCUCAUCCAUCACGGACCUGGCACUCAGUUCGGCGGCCCUGGUCUGUGGCAAGGCGGAGCUUGCAUGUACGAUGACAUGCCGCACCACGGUCUGCCGUCCAUCGCUAUGGAUCAAUCCUUCUAUCAGGACGGUCUUGCGUGCGGAACCUGUGUCGAGAUUGCCUCGACUGAUGCUUCGCUCUUCCAGAACAGAGAGUGGAGCGUCGAGGAGCCUAAGCGCGGCACGCUUCCUGCUGGCAAAAAGACAAUCGCGAUUGUCAGCGAUCUGUGCCCUAGCAUCAACCAAUGCUACUCUGGUCUCGACAUGCACCUGGAUGCUUGGAACAGCGUGACCAACAACGCUGCUGGUAGCAAACUUCCCAUCAACUGGAGGUUUGUCAACUGCAAGGAGGCCUUUGAGAAGAGCAACAGCGGGAUCAAGAAGCUGCAGGUGCACUGGCGAUCCGGUGCUAGCCCUGGCUUCUUCCAGGUUCAGAUUCGAGGUCACCACGAGGCGGUGGUGAGGGUCGAGAUGAAGUGGGGUCAGCAGGGAUGGGUCGAAGCCACGCACGUUGACAACGCUUGGUGGAAGUGGGAUCUGAAGGAGAACACGGCCAAGUUUGAUCAGGCCUCGACACCCGUCGUUUUCAGGAUCACCGACUGGCAGGGUGAGACUAUCACUUCUGAGGUAGGCACCAAGAUGGGCAAGGAUGUGUUCUUUGAUGCCAACUUCGACCGCGUCAGCUCUGACGAGGCCAAGUGA